AUGAGUGGUAAGCCUAAAUUCAAGUAUCUAGUGCCGUUUAAAGAAAGGGACGGCGAGGAGAGAUGGUAUAUCAUAAUCACUUCCACCGGUAGACAUUUCUACUUUAACAAAAUUACCAAGAAGUCGUAUUGGCAGUUAUCGGACUUGUUCAGUAUUGGAGUUGACGAAAGCAUUAUAAACAAUAUAGAUUACGAUGAAGUUCUGACAUUGGUCGCCAAAGCAAACGGUCUCAAACUAACCGAUGACCGUGCCGUGAUACAAAAGGCUAAUGAGGCCAAGGCUGGAAAUGUCGAUAAGGCGGAAGAUAUUGAAGUAGCUAGUGAUAAGGAAGACUUCAGUCAAGAUGAUACCUACGUACAAGAAAGGGAUACUUUUCUUUCUGACUUAUUGAAAGAAGAAGGGUACUUGGCGCCAGAAAAGGAAGCAGCACAAGGGAAAGAUUCUGCAGCUGAACCUGAACUUGACACUGGUGGUACUAUCGGAGGUGAAUCAAGAGUCGGGCUAGCCCUAGGAUAUUCAUCUAGUGAAGACGAAGACGAACUGGAAGAAGUCGUUACUAAUUCUGUUGAUGUGAAAGACGAUGCUAGUCGUACUGAAGCUGACGAAAUAGAAUCUGGCGAGAAAGAAUCUGGCGAGAAAGAAGCUGAGGAGAAAGAAGCUGGCGAGAAAGAAGAAGAUGGUCAAGGUGACAAUAGCGAGGACUUACAUUCCAGCACUGACGUAGAAAACGAUCUAGACUUAGAUUUGUCGGAUGAUGAUCUCAAUGGAUCAGGCGAGGAUCUGUCCGCUUUCAAUUCGCUUCUUGAUUCUCUAGAGUCUAAGAUUUCCAUCUAUGACCCUUGGUUCUUGGUCGAGGAAGAGCUUUUAGAUGACUUUAUCAAAGAUCUGAGGUACUAUUCUGUUGAAAGCACUUUAAGGGAAGAGUUGUUCAAUUCGUGGGUUAAAUCGAAGGCUGAUUCCGUUGACAUUGAAGAGCAUGGUGAAAAUAUAAACGAAGAAUUUCAGGUUAAACAAGUUGGGAGUCCCUCUUUUCCAACAAGUAUUCAAUUAUAUUUGAAAUUUUUACAGGAAAAUAAGGAUAAAACUAAGCAGUACUAUGUGGAUUUCAAGAGAGAAAUGAGGACUGAAAUCGAAAACUUCAGUUCUUUGCUUUCCGAGGCCAAAUGUGAGGGCCUCUUUCGAGAAUACUCUUUAAUGUUGAAAGAAUUCAGAGUUUAUGAGAAAAGUGAAAAGAAGAAGAAUCCAAAAUUAACUGUUAACUUGAAGAAGAAGAGCUUACUUGACUUCCUUGAGCCUCUUUUACGACAAGAAUACUCCAAAAGGAAGUUCAAUAUUGACAGUGAUACAGGUGAAGAUUUCGUACGAAAAAUGGAAGUACAUAUCCAUGGAGAUAUAGAAGACGAAGCGAAGUGUUACAGAAUUUGGUUUUUGAUAUGUAACUAUUAUUCCAUCCCAAAACACAUUGCAGAAAGUACUAAAAAUUACAUAGUGGGUCCUCAAAAGAGAGUUGAAGUAUACUAUGAAGUCCUUAAGCAAUUAUAUAGAGUUUAA